CACCACUUCGUAUUGUUAGUUUACUGAAUUAUUUAAAAAUUUCGACAAAAAUGGAAAAUCGAUCUCCGUCUCGAGUCGUAUUUUCGAUUUUCCUCUCCAUAAUUUUGGUUUUCUUCUUAAUUCCUGUCGUAAUUUUUGUUUCCAUUCCGUUCCUUAUUUACAGGGAGGCAAUCAUUAUUGCGGCAAAAUUACUUAAGAGGGACGAAUUUGACGCUCCUGUUGCGCCAUUAAGUGCAGCGCAAGGGCCUGAAGACAUUUAUAGGGGCGAAGGUAGAAUUAAUUCGACGGCGUGUUUGUUAACGUUACGGGGUCCGCCGGAUAUUGAAAAAAUUCGGAGGGUUCUUACGGAACGAGUUUUUAACAGACGAGACCCGAAAACCGGAAAAUUAGUGAAUCCGGUGCUAUCUCAGAAUGUAGUGCAUUGGUGUGGCUAUCCGUUUUGGAGGAGGCUGACCACCUUCGACGAACAAGAAAACGUCCACGCUUAUCAAAAUGAUGAAAAUUUCACUUGCACUCUCAAGUUUGCGGAAGAGCUAACUAAAAAACUUACUUAUACCCCAUUUCGCCACGAUAAACCUGUCUGGGAGAUCAUCAUCUUACCCAAUCUCAUCUCCGAUGAUUCUAAACCGUCAUCACUUCCCGAAUUCGGAAUAAUAUUUCUGGGGCACCACGUUCUCACGGAUGGAUUCAACUUGCUCAGAACGUUUCAGCAGAUGAGUGACACCGCGGAGGAAUUUAAUUUCAUCAAGCCGCGCGACUACCUGCACGGCUUGACCAGUAAAAAACAGUCAUAUUGGGUUGGCCAAGUGGUAAAAUGGGUCAAAUUUUCGCUCAGAGUUCCCAAAGAGUUGGCCGAAUUCUUGGCAGAUUUGAUCCUAAACGAAACGUGGAGAAAAGUUUACGAGGAGGGCGCUAAAUUUAAAAAAGGACCGUUACAUGGGGCGUCUCGUGGAGAGGGUGUCAUCGUCAAGAAGGCGGAGAAACUCGUGGAUGUCAGCAAUCUUAGUAAAAUCAAGGAGAUUUACGGCGUCUCGGGGACAUCCGUACUUUUUUCGGCAAUUGCUGGUGCCGUGAGAAAUUCUAUUUUUACCCCGGGUUCUCACAUCCCUGGAUCGGUGUUGAUCACUACACCGCUCCCGCUGCCGAGUGCUGGGGCAAAGUUGGAAAACAGUUUUACUAUGGGCUUUCUAAAUAUUGGACUCGCAAAUCCUGAUCCAGUCGCCAGGUUGAAGCAGGUUCACGCAGAGGUUGAAAAGUUGAAGGGGUCCACCCUUCCAGGCGUUAUUGCGCUUUGUUUGAAGCUUAUUGGAUGUCUUCCUCGAUCCCUAAUUGAUUCCAUCUUCGCACGUGGCGCGAAUAGUUCAGUAAUCACUGUUUCAAAUUUGGCUGGACCAAAGGGAAAAAGUGACGUUGCUGGACAUGAGCUCCUUUCGUACAACGUAACUCUCGGUGCACAGGCCGGUGCGAAAGUGCUCGGAGUAUACGUGUCAUCAAUUCGUGGAAAACUUCAAAUCAAGGUUUCCGGUGACGUGCAGACCCUUCAUAGCGAGGAGAAGGCUGAUUUAUUCGUAAAAAAUUUUGAAAAGGAAUUGGAAUACUUACUUAAAUAAAUCUAAGGACUGUAUUGGUACACUGAAACUUGAAAAUUUAUGCCGUGAUCAAUUGGUAAAAAAUAAAUGUAUUAAAAAAUAAGAAAUA